CCGCUCAUAAAAGAAAUCCGGUAGAAAGUGAAGUUAUGGCACACUUCUCAGGACUCGGAAGUAGUAGUGUAGGUAUCGGACUACUAGAGUUUUUCUCUAUUUUUUGUCUCAUCUAGGUAGGACAACGGGUACAUUUUUCAAUAUCUUCCAUAGAUGAUAUGAUUAAUAUCUUCGUUCCAGCUCAUCUAGGUCCCUUUUUCUUCAUCUUUAUCUUACUUACAUAGAUACUUUAUGCUUGCGCGGCAUCGCUAAGACUCAAGAGCCUCAAGCAGUAUAGCUUCAUUUUAUAAUAUCAAGUUCUUCAUCUUGUCGUGUGGGUCUUCUCUUUCAUCUUGUGUGUCUCAUUGUGCAGCAGGAUCCAUAACCUAACAUAGCCUAGCCUUCUAAAGCCAGCAUCUUCUAAUGAUAUUGUGGGCGUCAAGAUGUUUCCUGGGUGGAUUUCCUAUCAGUCUGCGGAGAACACCAAUCUGGUCACAACCCGUGAAGAAUAUUUCGACAAAACGUUCGCUUUUAACCGCUGGGCAUGGAAGAAAUUGAGCCACCUCCAGGAGUUGAUCUUAUGGUGGUAG